CGCCGUAGCACAUAAUUACUUAAAAUAAAUUUGGAUCAUCAUAUUCGAUCCAUGUUAUUAUCACACAUGCUGCGAAGAGGCAUGCAACAUAUUUUAUUAACAAAUUUUUAGCGUCACUGAACAACCACUUUUCAUAAUGAUUUGGCUGUAUACUUUGUUUGCAUUGGAAAUUUUGAAUAUAGCAGUCUUUCUUCCAGUCUUUGGUGCAUUUGCCCGAUCCUUGGGUGUAACACCAUCUACUCUUAGCUUUAUAGAUUCAAGUUGUGCUUUGAUUUCUCUACUUUGGAACCCGGUUAUUGGAAGUUUAAGUGACCAGAUUGGUAGGAAAGGACUUUUGAUAAAAUGUUUAGCAGCAAGUGUGAUCGGCAGUAUUAUUAUGGCCGUCUCCCCUUCUCUUCCAGUAGCUUUUGUAGGACGAUUAAUUGGAGCAUUUGGUGGGUCAGUAGGGAUCCUUUUGAGAUCUAUCGUAGGAGAUAUUUACGAAUCACCAGAUGAUAAAAAGACGUUCUUCAGCCGUUGCGCGCCAUUUAUUUCAGUGGGAUUUUUAGUUGGUGCACUGUCAGGUGGAUUUUUAAGUGAAGCACAACAUGGCUAUAGACUAUCAUUUUUACUUAUGGCGAGUGUGAUGGGGACUGCUGCCAUCUUGGCCCAAUGCUUUAUACCAGAUGACACAAAAUCUAUAUCCAAGAAGUCAUCAAAAAAUAAGAAAAAUCAAUCCCUUUUAAAAACUGGCUUAAAUGAACUAAAAAAUGCCUCUGCCGAUCUAAAAAGCUUAUCCUGGUCUAAAUACAAAAACAUAUUCAUUAUUAAAGCAUCUUAUGACUUUGCCACUUCUUUAAUUAUGACCAAUGUUGGUUUAAUUUUAUUAAACGAAUAUGAAAUUCAAGGACGUUAUUUGGGUUACACAUUUUUACUAAUUAGUGUCAUUUCUAUAAUAGCAAAUAUACUACAUCUAAGGCUUAAGAGCAUGUUUGAUAAUAUCUCGGAUUAUGACAUUUUAAUGAAAGGUGGUUUUGCAAUAAUAAUAACUUUUAUUGGAAUGAGCAUUCCUAGUUCCGUUUUUGUAUUUUUGUUUUUCCUAGCAGGCAUGUUCAUGGUGAAAGUCUUUGUGGAUACGACAUUAGUUCAAAUGAUAACCACUAACACUGAAGAAAAUGAUCGCGGAAAGGUUAUCGGAGCCUUUGAAAAUCUGGUGCCCUUAUCACGAUUUUUUGCACCACUGGUGUGUGGGCUGUUAACUGGAAUUUGCGGCCAUAGGUUAUUAAUAUUGUCAGCUUCAAUGCCAUUGAUAUAUUCUAUAAUUAUCGCUAAAAGCAAAAUAGAAUAAAAUAAUGCUUGUAAUUUAUUAAUAAAGCAACAUUGUUAUAUUAUUACA